AUGGAUGAUUCGUCCAUUUCGUUUGCUACUCCAUCGCUAACAUCUCUCCAACCGAGCAGUAUCAACUUCCUCCUCACAGGGAACAGCAAUUCCCAUCCCAUCCCAGGCCUUACACCCAACACCCUACACAUGCGUGUCAAACAGGGCAGCAAGAUCCACAAUUUACUACGUAUUGUAACAGCUCGCUUCCAAGGUGACAGAGACAAUAAUAGGAUAAGACAGGUGGUGUUCACUGGCUCAGGCAGAGGAAUCACAAAGACAAUCACUUGUGUGGAAAUCCUGAAACGCAGCGUGGCAGGUCUGCAUCAGCUGUCCAAAGUUUACUACAAGAGAGCAAACCAAGAUUCACAACGGGAAACUCCAUCUCAAGUGUUGGAGAAAAGGAUUCCUGCCAUCUGGAUCCUGCUCUCUAAAGAUCCUCUGGAUCCACUGGAGCCCGGCUAUCAAGCCCCACAGAGAGCCCCCCCAGAGAGUUCUGGUGGUCUGCUGCCAGCCGGUCCUUCACCAAAGCACAAGAGACUCUGUUUGGAUGGGCAGAUUGAAAGUCAUCUCUAA